AUGAACCGAGUGGCUGCGAAAUUCGUACCCAAGUUGAUGUCGCCGGAACAAAGAGACGUCCGUUUUGACGUUGCACAGGACCUUUUGAACACCGCCAACACUGAUCCUGUGUUUCUGAACACCGUGAUAACUGGAGAUGAGUCAUGGAUGUACGGGUACGACUCAGAAACAAACAGACAGUCGUCGCAAUGGAAGCAUCCCGAUUCUCCAAGGCUGACGAAAGCGCGGCAGGUGCGAAGCAAAAUCAAGUUGAUUUUGACUGUUUUCUUUGAUGUCCGUGGAAUUGUGCAUCACGAAUACGCACCGGAAGGACAAACAAUGACAAAGGAGUACUAUCAAGAUGUUCUCCGGCAACUCCGGGACGCAGUUCGGAGCAAAAGACCAGACAUGUGGACGGAUCCCAAUUGA